AUGACCUACCCACAUGAAUUGGGCUGCCCGCAGAGGACCCACGACAUGAUUCCAUGCGACCAAGUGAACCGCAACACGAGAAUGGAUGAAUCACAAUACGCACCAGGUAUUCCUGGCCGGGUUGCCGACUACGCAGAUUCUUACAAGAAACGAUUCGAAGCCAACGCCACAACCAGCUCAAGUUCGGCACGUACAGAGUCUGCCGACAAACUGCCAAUCCUCCCACCCGGGGUAAGUAGAGAGGCUUUCAAUAAGGCGAUUGUAGAACUAAAGCAACUGGUCGACGGGCAAGUUGAAUUGGUCGAUGGCGAGCUUAACGAUGGGUGGUACUUGGACCGGCCACUCACUCAUGAUGCUUUUGCCCUGGGAAACCAGGAUGACUACGUCAAUAGCGCCAUAUGCUCGCCUGCGAAUGUAGAGCAGGUACAAUCAGUGGUUCGGUGGGCCAAUAAAUGGCUUAUUCCUAUCUACCCUAUCUCUAUGGGGAGAAACCUGGGUUAUGGAGGCGCAGCCGCCCGCGUGAAGGGCUCCGUUGUAAUUGACUUGGGAAAGAGAAUGAACAAAGUACUGGAACUGGAUGAGAAGAGUGCGUUUUGUCUGCUUGAGCCAGGUGUCACAUACUACAUGCUCUACGACGAAAUCAAAAAAUCUGGCAAGGAUCUCUGGGUCGACGUGCCUGAUUUGGGUGGUGGGAGUGUCAUGGGAAACGCCCUAGAUCGAGGAGUAGGCUACACGCCAUAUGGAGAUCACUUUGGAAUGCACUGUGGGAUGGAGAUUAUCCUUCCAAAUGGAGAGCUACUCAGAACCGGGAUGGGGGCUCUCCCAGAUACCAACACGUCGCAUGGAAGUGCAAACACGUGGCAAUUGUUUCAAUAUGGCUUUGGGCCGUACCCAGAUGGCUUGUUUAGCCAGUCAAACUAUGGUAUCGUGACAAAGAUGGGCUUUUGGCUGAUGCCGAACCCAAAAGGUCAUCAGACCUUUCAGAUUACAUUUCAGAAGGAGGAUGAUCUUCAUGAAAUCAUAGAAACCAUCAGACCACUUCGUAUCCGAAAUAUCAUCCCUAACGUCCCUCAUCUUCGACACAUCAUGCAAGAAGCUAGCGUAUACGGAGAUAGAAAGUCUUUCUGGGAUGGCGAAGGACCCAUACCGCAUGACCGUAUUGACGAACUUGUAGCUCCAAAGCUCUGGAUGGGCUCCUUCCGGUGGAUCCUUUAUAUAUGUGUCUAUGGCCCAGCCGUCAUCCGCAACGCACACAUCGAAGUUAUCCGAGAAGAAUUUUACAAAAUCCCGGGAGCAAAGAUAAUGUUUCCUGAGGAAACACCUCAAUAUUCGUACUUAAAUAGCCGGGUCAACAUCUACGCUGGAGUUCCUGAUCUUCGCGAGCUUGAUUGGGUCAUGUGGCUUCCGAAUGGCUCCCAUACGGCUUUCAGUCCCAUCAGCCCGACGACUGGUGAGGAUGCAGUAAAACAAUACCAGAUGACGAAGCGAAUCCACGAAAAGUAUGGCUUUGACUACUUUCCCACCUUCUGCGUCGGAUGGCGCGAAAUACAUCACAUCGUCAUGAUCAUUUAUGAUCGCAAGUGUGAAGACAGCAGAAACCGUGCUCAUGCGAUGAUGCGUGAACUCGUAGCAGAAGGUGCUAGGCUAGGUAUGGGAGAGUACAGGACGCAUCUCGCGCUGCAAGAUCAGGUUAUGAACACCUAUGAUUAUAAUGAUGGGGCGUUGCUCAAGUUCAACAACAAGUUGAAGAAUACGCUGGAUCCGAAUGGGAUCUUAGCGCCGGGGAGGAAUGGCAUCUGGGGUCAGCAUUGGCAAUUGACAGGCCCGGAUGGGUCUCAAGCGGAGCGUUGCAACCCAGUGGCUGAUAAAUUGCCCAAGACAGCAAAGCUUUAG